AUCCUGCUAGAGGAAAUCUGUGCCAGACUCCAGUUCUAGUCGAAGGUGGUAUAUCCUGAUCGUCGAACCGAAAUUAAAAUAUAACAGGAGGGAAAUAAUCACUUCUGGUUCAACACUAUUCGCGUGUAUUUUCUUACUACGGAUCCUAAAGUGGAGAACUUUCUCCCGUCUCUAGCCUUGCAUUUCUUUAAAAAAGAAAUGGAAGACGGCUCCAGUUCUCCCGUUUCCCCAGUGGAUAGCUUAGUGACCAGCGAGGAGGAGGUGGACAGACAACAGAAAAGAUUUGGAAGGAAGAGGAAACACGGUAAAAAACUCAACGAGGACAGCAGCCCAGGUCCAGUUAAACGAGGCAAGAAAUCGAGUCCCAGUAGUACGCAGUCGUACGAGGAGCUGCAGAACCAGCGGGUUCUGGCGAACGUGAGGGAGAGACAGAGGACUCAGUCGCUUAACGAAGCCUUCGCGUCUUUAAGGAAAAUCAUCCCCACGCUACCAUCGGAUAAACUGAGUAAGAUUCAGACACUGAAACUGGCCUCAAGAUACAUAGAUUUUCUCUGUCAGGUCCUACAAAGCGACGAGAUGGACAACAAGAUGUCAAGCUGCAGCUACGUUGCGCACGAAAGACUCAGUUACGCUUUCUCAGUGUGGCGGAUGGAAGGCGCGUGGUCCAUGUCCGCGUCCCACUAGCAUCGAGGACAUUCAGUUAUGCCACAGGGACUGUUUACUUCUUCAAAGUGUAAAGACGCCGAAGGAUUUACUGAAGAACCGAUGAACCUCAGAGACACGGUCAAGAGACGCAUCGUGCCGGACAGCUCUGGACUCUCAUGACGCAGGAUAAUCGCGUUUUGAGUGCAUCCAAAACGGCAAGGGAACACAUGAAAGUGAGAGAAAAGACACAAACACCAGCACUCCAAUUCUUUAAGUUAAUCUUUAAAUGCCGGUAUGAUAAUUCAGGAAAGCCUUCUCGCCUAUUUUUGUCUGUUAAGCCCCGUUCUUCUCUUUAAGAUAGUAGGCUAUGUAUGAGUGUUUUAUUGAAGUAUCAUGUACAUAUCUGUAAGUAGCUUCUGCUUUUCAAAAGGGGACCAAUGCAAUUAGAAUAAUAAUUUCUUGAAAUACAAUGCAUGGAUCUUUUUCCUUAUAAAUAUGAUCUUAAGCAAUACUUUCCUAUUUCGUCCAAUGUACAUUUUUGCUUAUUUAUUAAAACAAAUAUUUUUUAAACAA